UCUCUCUCUCUCUCUCUCUCUUCCGAGAAACGCGUCGGGUCGCGUACGACGCCGUACACGCAGCUUGUUCGUAGGAAGGGGGUGGGCGUCGCGACGCCAGGCGUCGCUGGCGUCGAGCCGGCGGCAUAUCGUCGAGUCGAACGUGUCGUGUGCCGUCGCUGUGUCCGCCGUCGCCGUCGUCGUUACCAUUUUCCUUCGUACGGUUUUGAAAAAAGAAGUCGUGCGAACGAAUCACGCGUUUUCCUUCCAUUUCAAGUACUGGGGAUGUCGAGCCUCGGUUGAAUUUCCAUCGGUUCCGGAACCGAUCGACGUUGGACUUCCCGGUCACCGGAGAGGACCGUGUCUAGAAGCGAGUGACCGUGUAUAAUACACCAAUUACGAUUACACUACGGAUUGGAAUGUCGGAGGAGUAAUAUUCGUGCAUCUGGGAGCUUUCGUCGGAUCGUAAGAGCUGGAAAGAACGAGAAAAACCGGAAGAACACCGGAAGACUGGAAUAGGGAAAGAUCGAAUUGGCCGAGGGAGAGAAGGAGAACGCUCCGGAACAAAAAGUACAAGUAAAUGUCUACGGGUGAUGAAAAUAUAGAAUCGUUCGAAAGAGAAACAGAAGGAUCGCGGGUAUGCGAGCCGGGCAAUAACCGUAGAGCACGAGAGAAGAGCAGCACGUAGCGAGAAGGUAAGGUAGUCGAUUGAUUUGCCGCCGACGUCGACGACGCCUCCUUUGCGCGUAGUUCUAACCCGCCCUCGUGUACACGGGGUAGCUAGGAGAGAGUGUGCGAGUGGGGAGAGAGAGGAAUCGGUUCGACCAAUCGGUGGUACCGAUUCGGCGCGAAUCUUCGUCGUGGCCACCCGGUGGUAUCGGGAGAUCGCGAGUAUCGUUCGGUGGAGCCGGUGGAUUCGAGCGUAGAACUAGAGAGGGAGAGAGAACGAUCACGGUGUUAAGGGAGGGGUAGAGCGAGACAGAGAGGGGACAGUGAGGACGAGGCGCGUAACUAGGUGUACCAUGAGUAAUACGCGCAGCUCGCGGAGGAGCCCACGUUAGUACGAUUUUGCGUCCGUGGAAACCCGUGAGGGUGUAGAAACGUACGGGACGUAUAUAUUACGUGUACAUAUAUACGUACAUAACCGCCGGUACAUAUAAAUAUAAUCGAACGCACCCAGAUAUCUAUUUAUAAGUUUAAACACAAGGCGAGAAGAAGGAGUGGUGGGAAUCGCGGCGGUGGUAGCGAUGCUCGGUCUCUCCUGGCGGAUGUGUGCGUGCGUGUCGGAUGGUCGUUGGUAGUGAUGGUGCUCUCCUCUGCUAGUGGUCUUCGCGGUGGUGCUGCUGCUUUGGUGUGGUGAUGAUGCUAGCGAUUGAUGCUGGUGGUAGCAGUAGUGCGCUAGAGUAACGAUAGACCGAAGAGGAAGGUAACGAACUGGAGAACGGUAUUUUCUCAACGGCGAAACCGGGGAGAAUUGGUGAACAGGGAACGGAGAAUACAUCCGGAGGAAGGUAACGGGGUAACGCGAGGUUAAAGGGAGAUUAAAGGGUAAGACGGUAGCGAGUGGACGAGUAAGGGUGUCGAGAGUGCGUUGUCCGUGGUGCAUCGUCGUGCGGAAGAGAAAGAAAGGAGGAGGCGGUGGAGAAAGUGGUGGAUCAAGAGGAGGAGAAGAAGAACCGAGUCGAAGGAAGCGUCGGGGCAGCAGGACGAGGAGCAGGGGGUGAAGAGAAGGGAAGAGGAAGGGGCACCAGGGGAGGACAUCCUGGCAGUGAGGGAUCACGGCCGAGAGCGCGUCAACGCGGAUAUGACGAGCGGAUACGCUCGGCUCACGUGAUACGCAACACAAUCGCUCCACCGAUACCGUUCUCUUGCAAGAUAUGUGGUCACGGAGGGAGGUUCGAAAGAGCCCAGUGCCGUAGCAUGCCGGCGAGCUGCAGCGGGUGGUGGGGCGUCUCUGAGAGAGCGCGUCGAUCGUCGUCGUUGGACGUCUGCACGGGCGUCUGCUUGGAGGCCGAGCAGGGUCCUGAGGAGCGUGCCUGCGCGUGUAUAACAGGAAGAGGAGUAGGCGGAGGCGGAGGCAGAGGAGGCGGCAAGCGGAAGCGCAGAAGAAGGGGGCGGAGAAGAAGAAGUGAGCAUCGAAGCGGAAGCACAGAGCUGAUAGAAGCGCGGAGGAGCGACCGAUGAGCGCGGGGGGGGAUGGGGGCUCGGGGUUGGGCCCCCCUGAGCUGCUGGGGGCCCAGCCGACUGCCGCGACCCCCCCCAUCCUCGGGCAGCACCAGAACCCCCAAUAUGGCCAGGACGGACAGCAAGCAACCGCGCAGUCGCAGACGGGCCAAACUCUCGGGACCAGCACAGGUGCAGCCAAAUCCGCCCCCAAGCGGCCGGCUCGCAGGGGUGGCAAGCCCCCGCCCGACAGGCCCGUUAGGGCUCUUUUCUGUCUACCCCUCAAAAAUCCCGUGCGCAAGCUGUGCAUCGACGUCGUCGAGUGGAAACCUUUCGAGUGGCUUAUUCUCAUGACGAUAUUCGCAAACUGCGUCGCCCUGGCGGUCUACACACCGUACCCGUUCGGCGAUUCUAAUCUGACCAACCAGUAUUUGGAAAAAAUAGAGUAUAUAUUUCUUGUGAUUUUUACGGUCGAGUGCGUAAUGAAGAUCAUCGCUUACGGCUUCGUGGCUCAUCCCGGGGCUUAUCUCCGGAACGGGUGGAACAUACUAGAUUUCACGAUAGUAGUUAUAGGCAUGGUGAGCACGGUGUUGACGAUGCUCAUGAAAGAAGGCUUCGAUGUGAAAGCGUUAAGAGCUUUUCGAGUACUACGACCUCUCAGGCUGGUCUCCGGAGUACCAAGUCUUCAAGUGGUCCUAAACUCUAUUUUGAGAGCGAUGAUACCUCUUCUACAUAUCGCUCUGUUGGUUCUGUUCGUCAUCAUUAUUUACGCUAUCAUCGGCCUCGAGCUGUUCUCUGGGAAAAUGCAUAAAACGUGCCGGCACAGUGUCACCGACGCCCUAAUGGACGACCCAACACCGUGUGGGCCCGAAGGCUAUACGUGCAGCAUCUUGGGGGACGAAUACCAUUGCAGCAAGCAGUUCUGGGAGGGUCCGAAUUGGGGUAUCACGAAUUUCGACAACUUUGGCCUGGCCAUGUUGACGGUCUUCCAGUGCGUGACGCUCGAAGGUUGGACGGACGUGCUCUACGACAUCGAGGACGCGAUGGGCAGCUCGUGGCAGUGGAUUUACUUCAUCUCCAUGGUGAUACUCGGAGCAUUCUUCGUGAUGAACCUGAUUCUCGGUGUGUUGUCCGGAGAGUUCUCGAAGGAGAGAGAAAAGGCGAAGGCGCGAGGCGACUUCCACAAGCUCAGGGAGAAGCAGCAGAUCGAGGACGAUCUCAGGGGAUACCUGGACUGGAUCACGCAGGCUGAGGACAUCGAGCCGGAGACGGACGAGCCCAAGAUGCAGGACGGGAAUACGAAGCAGCAGAGCGAAAUGGAGAGCACGGAUCAAUUAGAGGGGGACGAGGAGGGGGUGCAACAGGAGUCCGUGUGGAGGCGGAAAAAGCGAGACUUCGACAGGGUGAACAGGAGAAUGAGAAGGGCCUGCAGAAAAGCCGUCAAGUCGCAGGUUUUUUAUUGGCUGAUCAUAGUACUGGUUUUCCUGAACACCGGCGUUCUGGCGACCGAGCAUUACAAUCAGCCGACGUGGUUGGACGACUUUCAAGAGAUCACGAACAUGUUUUUCAUCGCGCUGUUCUCGAUGGAGAUGAUGCUGAAGAUGUACAGUUUAGGAUUUCAAGGUUACUUCGUCUCGUUGUUCAAUCGUUUCGAUUGUUUCGUCGUGAUCGGCUCGAUCACCGAAAUGAUCCUCACCAACACGCACGUGAUGCCACCGCUCGGCGUUUCCGUGCUGCGUUGCGUCCGGUUGCUCAGGGUAUUCAAAGUGACGAAAUAUUGGAGGUCGCUGUCGAAUUUGGUGGCUUCCCUGUUGAAUUCCAUACAAUCGAUCGCGUCCCUGUUGCUUCUGCUCUUCCUGUUUAUCGUGAUCUUUGCCCUCCUAGGCAUGCAGGUGUUUGGCGGAAAGUUCAAUUUUACCGAAUUACAAGACAAACCUCGUCGCAAUUUCGACAGUUUCUGGCAGAGCUUGUUGACCGUCUUUCAGAUAUUGACAGGCGAGGAUUGGAACGCCGUGAUGUACGAUGGAAUUAGAGCCUACGGCGGCGUAGCGAGCUUCGGCAUGCUCGCCUGUUUCUACUUCAUCAUUCUCUUCAUAUGCGGUAACUACAUUCUACUGAACGUCUUCUUGGCUAUCGCUGUGGACAACCUUGCGGACGCCGAGUCGUUAACCGCCAUCGAAAAGGAAGCCGAGGAGGAGGCGGAAAAGAACAAAUCUCACAGCGCCUCGCCAGCCAGGGACGAAAUCAGUGGUGAACACGGCGAUGGCGGCGAAGGGACCGGUGCGGAGGACGAGGGUGGAACCACCGACCUUGAACAAGACCCUAACGAAACGAUGGAGGACUACGAGGCGGCUCUGGACACGGAAACGUCGGAGAAGAGCGAAGACAUGAACACUCAUGCGAAAGUACGGCUGAACGUGGAGUCGGACGAGGAAGUCGAAGAGGAGGAAGAGGCUGAACAAAACGAGAUGCACGACGAUGGCACGGAUCAAGGAGUGUCGGCCAGGCCGCGAAGAAUGUCCGAGUUUAAUAUGGCCACGAAAACUCAACCGAUUCCCGCGGGUUCGGCCUUUUUUAUUUUCUCGCAAAAUAACAGGAUUCGUGUAUUUUGCCAUUGGUUCUGCAACCACGGCUACUUCAGCAACGUGAUUCUCGUGUGCAUCAUGAUAUCCUCGGCUAUGUUGGCGGCCGAAGAUCCUUUAAGUGCUUCUUCUUACAGAAAUCAGAUAUUAGCGAAUUUCGACUAUUUUUUCACCACAGUGUUUACUAUCGAGAUCUGCUUGAAGAUGAUUUCUUACGGUUUUAUCAUACACGAUGGCGCGUUCUGCCGAUCGGCGUUUAACCUGCUCGACCUGUUGGUCGUGUGCUCUUCUCUCAUUUCGAUGUCUUUCAGCUCGGGCGCGUUCUCCGUUGUGAAGGUUCUCCGUGUGUUGCGUGUCUUGAGGCCUCUACGCGCCAUCAAUCGUGCCAAGGGAUUAAAGCACGUAGUACAGUGCGUCAUCGUAGCGGUAAAGACUAUCGGAAACAUAGUCCUCGUCACCAGCCUCCUGCAGUUCGUGUUCGCCGUCAUUGGCGUACAACUGUUCAAGUACGUAGUGAAGUGUGUGAUUGUCGCCAUUAAAACGAUCGGCAACAUUAUGUUGGUCACCUAUCUCCUACAGUUCAUGUUCGCUGUUAUCGGGGUACAGCUGUUUAAGGGGAAAUUUUUCUCUUGUACCGAUGCAUCGAAAAUGACGAAAGAGGAGUGCCAGGGCACGUACCUCGAGUUCGAAAUGGGGGACAUUAACAAGCCGGUGAUGAAUGAGAGAGAAUGGCACCAGAACCGUUUCCAUUUCGACGACGUCGCCAAGGCGAUGCUCACGCUCUUCACCGUCUCGACGUUCGAGGGCUGGCCGUCAUUGCUAGACGUGUCGAUCGACUCUAACAAGGAGGAUCAUGGACCAAUUCAUAAUUUUCGGCCGAUAGUGGCCGCGUACUACAUAAUUUACAUCAUUAUCAUAGCAUUCUUCAUGGUGAACAUCUUCGUUGGUUUCGUUAUUGUCACUUUCCAGAACGAGGGUGAGCAAGAGUACAAAAACUGCGAGCUCGAUAAGAAUCAGCGAAACUGCAUCGAGUUCGCGCUAAAGGCGAAGCCAGUGCGGCGAUACAUACCGAAGCAUCGAAUACAGUACAAAGUCUGGUGGUUCGUUACCUCUCAACCGUUCGAGUACACCAUUUUCACUUUGAUCAUGAUCAACACCGUGACGCUGGCAAUGAAGUUCUAUAGACAACCGGAAAUUUACACGGAGGCUUUGGACGUCCUCAACAUGAUCUUCACCGCGGUGUUCGCCAUGGAGUUCGUCUUCAAGCUGGCUGCCUUUCGGUUCAAGAACUACUUCGGCGACGCGUGGAAUGUUUUCGAUUUCAUUAUCGUCCUUGGAAGUUUCAUCGACAUCGUUUACUCGGAAGUCAAUCCGGGCUACGCCAUCAUUUCCAUUAACUUCUUUCGGCUGUUUCGCGUCAUGCGACUGGUGAAACUGUUGAGCAGAGGGGAAGGCAUCAGGACGCUUCUCUGGACUUUCAUUAAAUCCUUUCAAGCUCUCCCCUACGUAGCUCUACUUAUUAUAAUGCUAUUUUUUAUUUACGCCGUGAUAGGUAUGCAGGUGUUUGGAAAAAUUGCGAUCAACGACACUACGUCGAUAAACCGGAACAAUAACUUCCAAUCAUUUCCGCAAGCGGUGUUGGUCCUAUUCAGAUCGGCUACAGGCGAAGCUUGGCAAGAAAUCAUGAUGGACUGUUCGUCGAACAUCGAUGUCAAGUGCGAUAGCAGGAGCGACGAGUGGAAUUCCACAAAUAGCUGUGGAUCCGACAUUGCAUUUCCCUACUUUAUAUCUUUCUACGUUUUAUGCUCUUUCCUCAUCAUCAAUCUCUUCGUCGCCGUAAUCAUGGACAAUUUCGAUUACUUGACGAGGGAUUGGUCGAUCCUGGGUCCCCACCAUUUGGACGAGUUCAUUCGCCUCUGGUCCGAAUACGAUCCCGAUGCGAAGGGUCGCAUCAAGCACUUGGACGUCGUGACGCUCCUCAGGAAGAUAUCGCCGCCCCUGGGGUUCGGUAAACUCUGUCCUCAUCGCGUGGCGUGCAAGAGGCUGGUCUCGAUGAAUAUGCCGCUAAACAGCGACGGUACGGUCUUGUUCAACGCGACGUUGUUCGCCGUGGUGAGGACGUCGUUACGAAUCAAGACCGAGGGGAACAUCGACGAUGCGAACGCUGAGCUUAGGGCGGUGAUAAAGAAAAUCUGGAAGAGAACCAGCCCGAAGCUUUUGGAUCAAGUGGUACCACCGCCGGGAGUCGACGACGAGGUAACCGUCGGCAAGUUCUACGCGACUUUCCUGAUCCAGGACUACUUCCGGAGGUUCAAGAAACGCAAGGAGCAGGAGAUGAAGGACGGCGACAAGGACUGUCACAACACCGUCACGCUUCAGGCUGGCUUAAGGACUCUGCACGAGGCUGGCCCGGAGCUGAAGAGAGCCAUUUCUGGAAACUUGGAGGAACUUCUCGACGACAAUCCGGAACCUAUGCACAGGAGGAACCAUUCACUCUUCGGCAGCGUCUGGUCCAGCAUGAGGAAGGGACACCACGGUUUCAACAGGGCGAGGUCGCUCAAAGUGAACUCUACGACCAAGGCUUCCCCGACGAAUUCCAUAGACUUCCUGCCGUAUUCCUCGCUGCACAGAGCAGGCGGACUCGAUGCACCGAAUCAAAUCACCGCAAGGUCUCAUCAAGUUGUGCCAAACGUAGCAGGUGGUCUCAGCGACAGCGCGAUGAAUCAAAUGGGAAUGGACCAAAAGCUGACGGGCAUAGAGGAGAACAUUCCUCUGAGACCGUUGGCCAUGUUUGGAAAUCCCGUCCAGCAACAAUCUUACCAUCCCCCGUACAAAGUGGUCGAUCUUCAGGACGGAAUCGAGCGGCAGCUAACCCCACCGACGCCACCACCCCGAAGGAACCCACCCCCGUCCAUAGCCCCGAGCACCGGCAUUGCCCCGCACCCCGCGCAACUAUCGUCCAGCAAGUCCGGAAGCGGCACCCCGUCGAUCGCCACGUGCACGAGCACGAGCACAUCGAGCACGAACACGUCGACCGCCACGACCAGCUCGAGCCCUGGUUCAUCCUCCAAUGGAAAGCGAUGUUACUAUUCCUACGCGACGCGGGGCUGCUGCGUCGAUUGUGCCGUCUGGAGUAAUCACGCCGUAGAUCGCGAGGACGGGGAGUCGUCAGCGGGAAGCGAGUUCAGCGGGUCCGGCGGGACCGGAAGUUCCGGAGGUUCUAGCGGUUGGAGCAGCUCCGAGAAGGUCAGAAGACGAGGAGGAUCCACGAGGCAGGAGCUCGCCGUGGCGUCUCGGUCCCGUGGUCGUGGUCGAUGCGAUCCGGCUGGCAAGUCGGCGCCGUCGAGUUUCCGUAAACGUGGCGACGCCAGCAGCGGCAUCGUCGGCGUGGGCGUCGUCGGUGUCGGCGUCGGCGGCGGUCAGUCGAGCAGCUCGGCUACACCGAGCACAGGCGUCAAGAGAACCGUUGCCAACGGGCUGAAGCUCGCCCAGACGCAGGCGAUCGCCGUCGCUGGCUUCCUCGCCGAUGUCGACACCCGUCGAUGCCGCGACUGCUCCUGUUUGCCCCAUCGGGCCUCUUACCACGGCAGAGUUUCCUGGGCCGGGGAGAGUAACGGAAGCAUCGGCGCAGAGCGCCUCUCCCACAGCCUUCCGGGCAGUCCAGCCGACAGGAAGCCCAACUUCGAGGUCAUCGGGAGCGCGGAGAGUCUCGUCGGUCGGGUCCUUGUGGAGCAAGGGCUGGGCCAGUACUGCGAUCCCGACUUCGUCAGGUACACGUCCCGCGAGAUGCAGGAGGCGUUAGACAUGACCCGCGAGGAGAUGGACAGAGCAGCCCAUCAGCUGCUUCUGCAAGAACGUCGCGGGCAGCCGCUUACGUAUCAGCUGCAACAGGCUACGGACCAGCACUGGGCUGGUCCGCCUUACCAGCAGAUCCAACAGCCCACUGCUAUCGGCUACCAGCCGCUGCAGGAGCAGCAGCCGCGGCAGUAUCAAUCGUACUACCGUGGUCAAGGAACGGUAUCGCAGCCACCCACCCAGCAACAGCAACCGCCAUCCUCUUAACGACACGACGACCCCUCCAACGAUUCUAUAUUUCUGGCUCCAUUACCUCCAACGCCUCCGUGAACCGAUUUCCGGAACGAGCUUCGUCCAUUGAUUCCGAGGAUGACUCGUCGUCCCUGAAUGACGGUCCCUUGGCCGGAUAAGAGUCGUUGAGGGAACAGAAUCGGUCCGUUUGUGACCGAUUUCAUCUAGAGAUUGGUGCAAACGGGCGAGCCAUUGCGUUUGCGAUGGCCAAUCGCGCGAAACGCCAGACGACGGGAAAAACGUUGACGUUUCCACGACAGGGAAACUCUUUGGACAGAGGGUAGCAAAGAGGAUUCCGACCACGGUCGCAAGAGGACGGGGUGACGCAAGCAAUAAAGCAACGAGAGCAACGAUCGCGCGACCAUCCGGUCCUUCGUACCGGGGGGUGGUUGUUUUUGUAUUUUGUGUGCGUGCGCCGAAAAAAAAAAAAUAUAUAAGAAAAGAUUGAAAAAAAAAAAAUACGCGAGAGGAAAAGCGGCUAAAGCACCGAAAGCGUGGAGGAAUUCCAGACGGAGUUGAAUUCUCAAGGGCAGUGGCUCUUAAUCUUUUCUAACUCACGGCACGGUUUCGAAGAAGAGUCUCUCGGUCUUCUUACGAUUUUUGGCACGGUUUGUACGUUUAUUUGUUUAACGUCUUUAUGACAAAAUUAUGUAUUGGGUACUUGUAAAAUGAACGUAUUAAAUUAAUGCCGAUACGCGUGUAAAGCAGACGAGGCUCGGCUGUGAAGUGCUGUUUUUAAACCUAAUCUUAACAACUCUCAAUCCUGAUAAUUAUAACGGCAAGAGUUCGAUGAUAAAUUGCUUGGGAAUUCGAAAAUGAUAAAAGAUAAAAAUUCGUCGGAUCUGUUGCCAAACGUUCGCGGCACAAUGGUUGAGAGCCACUGCUCUAUGGUUGUCGAACGCGUUCCAGGUUCUCGUGCGUUCUCGAUGACUCGAGACGACGAAGGAAAAUGAAAAAUGAAUGGAAUUCGCGCGGGACGAUUGAUCCUUAUCGCUCUCAUUCUUAUCGUAAAAUACUUAUUCCUCCGAUUGUCGUUGUUAGGAUAAAUCGAACUCACCGAUUGCUCUUCGUACGAUGGAUUCUAGAUGAGAUAACAAGUGCCUAAGUAUCUGUAACUUCUUUCGGACCAGAGAAGAGACUUUUAUCAACUUAGAACGAAGUACCGUUACCGCGAAUUACGAAGCAAGUUGCGUGUUGAAUGUGUACGCUACCGAUACUUGUAACGAUAUUAUAGAUAAUUAUUAUUCGUACCGUAAUUGUACAUAUACGUUGCGUGAGGAUAAAUGGCCGAUAAACGCAAAUGCCGCGAGAUUCGUUUGUACAGCCUAGGUUGAGUCUGCGCACGAUCGGCCAACCGACGCGCGAGAAGUGUUUCCUGGCUGCCAGGCCAUCGUUGUUUAAAUACAGAAAUUUCAAAUUGUAUAGAUCGAGUGCUGGCCUUGAUUUAAAAUGACAGUAAGCCAUACUCUUACCGGGCCAUAUUCAUUUAUCGAAUCACAUCCGAAAUAAAAGAUAGCUGUAUCAAUUUCGUUUCGACUUCUGCGCCAGGAACCACGGUUCGCGAUCAAUUUUGGCCACGAUCGACGCUUUCGCCAGACAAUUUACCGCGACGAUCAAAUGAUACCUAUAGAUACGAGCAUAAUCUAUUAGAAUUGUGGGUGAAGUCUGACCUGGACCUUAAACUCGCAAAGACAAACAAAAAUGUGUAGACAUAGAUCUCUAAGUUCUCCUUCUAUGUCUCCUAUAUAUUCAUUUAAAUUGCUUCCAUUUUCCAACGUCCAUAUUUAUCCUCUCUUUAAACUUAUUAUAUUCGUUUUAUUAUCGUCUCCCGUUCCCUAGAUUCGUUUACCUCCCCCAAAUGCCUCCGUUCAACGAAACCUUUUUGUUUAACUUUGCGAAUUCUAUCAUCCACUUUAUACAUUGCCUACAGUUUCGAUAGACCUUGUAUAUUCCUACGGAACCCAGUUCAGAUCCAUCGGGUACACUCGUUCGUGCUCGACGACUACGUUUCGGCCCUCGCGUCGCUGUUUUGUGGACCAUCGACGGUCCACUUCCGGAAACGCCUACCACUCGCGCGAAAUCGUUUACCGAUACCGACUCCGACUCCUUUCUAUCGAACGCACCGACGAUUUUACUCUUCCCCGACCCCGGGUCCCAGUUUUAGACUCGAUUUUUACAAAUUGCGCCCCCCAACGAAAAUUUUGACUCCGUAUAUAUUCUUAUAGCCGCAAGAGGAACGCGUACAAGUGUGAAAGAGUGAGAGGACCGCGCGCAUGCCAGGAAAGAACGAGCGCGAGAGAGUGCGAGCCCGCGCCUAACGUUUCCCUCAGAGAUGGGCAAAAGUCUAGAUACCGACUCGAACAACGAACGAAAGAUAAACAACCUCUGCAACCUUACUCGUCGAAUGGACAACGGAGUUUGAAUUGUAGCAAUCGCGUCUCGCGUUUGAACAAAUAGAGGCUGACGUUACCGUAUAAUGUACAACGCAAUCUCAAUUAUCUUUGAUACAUAGAGCAAAGGAGACGCACGAAGGUUCAUUUGUAUAACUGUUCAAUGGGAUAUGUCGCGAAUAAAUCGCUGUACGUUGUUCUCACUCGAAUGAAAUUUUUGUUUGCCCAUCUCUGGUUUUCCUACGCAGUUUCCGAGACCGCAGGACGAAUCGAUCGUGAGUGGGAGCCGUUCCCCUUCCACGCACCACGAUUUUACAUCCGAUCGUACGAUUGGAAACAUCCAACAGACGUGGUUCUGCGGAUGUUCGACCGACCCUGUUCCUUCUUCAGAAAGAUCUUCGAGACGUUCGGCGGGGAAGCAGUCGCCGAGGCCGUUGAACCUUCGAGCAAAACCCAAACGAAACGAUCGUGUAUUUUUCUCGUGUACCUUGAAACGACGUCGACAAUAAUCUGUCAUCGAUGACAUUUUCAGAACCACGUACUCUGGACAUCCUCUCGCCGCGUUUUCGCUUACCAGAGAUGGGCAAAAUUCGGAUUUAGAUGACGAUUCCCGAACAACGAAUAAAAUGUGAACAACUGUUUUAUUCGUUAUUGGUUGAAUAAGAAUUAGAGUUAACGAAAUUAAACGAACGUUUAAUAGUUUGCCCGUCUCUGUAUUCAGUUUUUGGAUUCGCGUUGGCCAUUUUUUGGCGCUUCCUUCCGACCUCGUCGAUUCCGGAUCCAUUAUCGGGUCCCAGAGGCUGUACGCUUCGAUUCAACACUGACGAUCGACUCUUUUAAGUAUUUUCUCUCUCGAUUCCUCCUAGUUCGUUCACCACCCACCGCAUUUCGACGAUUGAUCUUCUUAGCUGGUAGUACGUGGCAUGUACGCUGCUGCUCAAACGUCUAAGAUCACCUAUCGUUGCUGCGAAUCUAACACUCGCUUCGCAACAUGGGAGCGUUCAACCCCUUCGCGUCCACGUCUUGAUUUUAAUUGUUCCACCAUUGUAAUCGUAAUUAAAAUUCAAUCGAAUCGUUGAGUCUAAGAGAAAGGCAGUCUCUGAUUUUCGAGGAGUGGUGUAUGCAGUCUUCUAAGGUGUAAGAAUGCGCUCGACGCUAGCCCUUCGCCGACAAGGGAACCAACAAAAUCUGACGACCAUUUAAAAAAAAAAAAUAGAUUGACCGAUAUUUCCAUCUCUGGACGCUUUCCUAGGGAUUGCGAUAGUAGAGGUACCGUGGUGUGUGUGUGAGGAGCCGAUCGAGACGAGUAUCGAACUUGAUAAACGAAGAGAGUGACUAUAACUCGCGCCCUGAUACGUUUUGAUAAUCAAAAAUAUCUCGUGUUGAGUAGCCUGAAUUUAUCGUUUCUCUUUGAAUGUUUUCAAGUCACUAUUCACGUAAAUGGAAGAAAUAUUAACAGACUCUAAAUGAAUUAUCGGACGCAAGCGAAGUAACAAAUAAUUCGACACGAGGCAUUUUUACCUGUUCCCAACCGUACAUUUAAUAAUCGUCCUGGGAACGCUACUUGUAUACAUUGUACUCGAUCUUUCGUAUUCGUUUUUAUUCCAGCGUCUUUCUAACGAUUGCGCGCGUCUUUGUCUAUAGCGAUCUUUUUAUACUGUUGUAAAGUGGCGUUUACACCGAAAUCGUAGAUUAUUGCGCGUAGAUGAGAAGAGUUCUAUACCUAUGAAUCGUAAUAACGUCGGAUUAGUAGAGACGCCCGAGACACACCGCUGUCGCGUCUCCUGUGUAGUAGACGCGUUUGGAGAGACCAACAUUUUCUAUACUAUCUCUGGACGGACGACGUUCCGUCGAGAAUCAAGCGCGAACUUGUCGUUCUCUGAAUCUUCGAACGUUCGACUCCAUCGAACACGUGGCACUCAGCUUGGGCUCUCGCUAGACCUGUUGGAAAUUCAGGAUCACGCGAGAAAGCUGGUAAAAAUUUACAAAUAAGAAAUAGAAAGACAGAAUGGGAAUAUCUUGAAAUUCGAACAGCUCUAGCUCUCACACACGCUACUCGCGCCGUUUAUUUUUGUUAAGACAAUGCUUGCGCAAACUGAGACCAGCUUUUUUAAUUAAUAGAUGUACUCGAUGCGUUUCGACAAGGACGCCUCGACAGUCCAACAGUAAAUCAAUUCGUGAGCAAAGGAGGAAACCCGAGUACUAUCGUACAUUCACGACUCUCGUUAGUUCAUUAGAAAUUUUACAGAAUCAACCCUUCGCGGUUCAGAGUCUCGGAUUUCUCGGUGCAUUUCCGUCGAGCUUCGCUCGACCCAGGACCGCGAAAGAUUAAGAUCCUGAUGCACAACCGACAGACACGCACACGAUAUAUACUGCCGUUUUUCUGUUCGAUUUUUGCUCCUUUUGCUUCUUUAUCGAAUCAAAGACUUUGCUCGUUGGUAAAUAAGGUGAAUCGUUAAAUCAAAGACUAUUAAUAAAAUUGCUUGUUCUUCUA